ACACACACUGGGGUCAGAGUUGGGGAAUGAAUUUUGAAUGCAAGACUAGUUUUGAUCAAAUUUGCAAACUAGUUCCAGCUCUAGAAGAUAAUUUUGAAGCUUUUAUUUUGAAAUAUCCUGUUGAUUUUUUAGAAUUUAAGUCAAAGGGACAAAUACAACAUGCGGAUACUGUUUUAAUUCACUUUUUGAUCAUAUUUUCAAGAUCAUUUUUGAAGAGUUUUCGAGGAAUUACUUAAACAUUUUUGAAAAGUCGUUUUGCCAUAUCUCGUUCUUUCUACUUUUUUUUUCAUUUUGCACCUGUCCACUGAGCAUCUGUGAUUAAUUUUGAGACUACACUUCUGUUUUCACAUCUUUGGCUCAUAAUAAAUUGCACUGUUGGACCUCUAGCGUUCCAGCUUGUAUAUUUCUGCACGCUCGCUCUACCUGAUCCGUUUUGAGUCAUGGAACUAGAUCGUUUGGGAGGCGGAGGGGUCAAACCAGAGCGGGGCGCACCGAGGCUGUACCGGGUCGCUCUGGCCAUGUGCGCGUGCCUGUGCGUGGCUCUGCUCCUCGCACUCAUCAUCGUCUCCAGUCAAAAGUCCACUCAGGAAGAGGAGUUCUGUCUGACCCCAGAAUGCAUCGAAGCAGCUGGCUCUAUUCUGGGUAAACUGGACCGCUCGGUGGACCCCUGUGAGGACUUCUACUCGUACGCGUGUGGUGGCUGGUUAAAGGACAACCCCAUCCCAGAAGACUCCUCCUCCUAUGGAAUCUACCCCUGGCUCCGGCAACAUGUGGACAUCAAACUCAAAGAGCUGCUGGAGGCUCCGUCAAAUGCAGAUGAGCUGGAGGCCGUGCAAAAAGCCAAGAUGCUUUAUCGCUCCUGUCUCAAUGAAAGUGUGUUGGAGGAUCUGGACUCGGGGCCCAUGCUGCAGACCCUGAGGCAGCCCGAGUUCCGGUGGCCGGUGGUGGGCGAGGGCCUGGGAGGGCAGUACGAGUGGUCCCAGAGCCAGUGGAGUCUGCUCAACACUUUGGCCCAGAUGCGAAACCAGCACAGCAAGAGCGUCCUCGUGCGCCUCUACGUCGCCCCGGAUGACAAGAGCUCACUGAAUUACAUCAUCAAGCUGGACCAAGCGUCGCUCUCUCUCUCCUCCAGAGAAGACUACACCACCAAUAGCUCAGCGGCGAAAGCUUACCGAGCAGCUCUGUUGAGUUUGAUGGUGGACACGGCGGUGAUGCUCGGAGCUCCUCAGAAAUCUGCUCAGACUCAGAUGGAGAAAGCCCUGGCCUUCGAGACCAAAGUGGCUCACAUCUUGAUUCCUUAUGAAAACCGCACCAGUGAAACCAUGUACAACAAAUACACGCUCUCUCAGCUACAGAAGACUAUUCCACAGUUUGACUGGUUGGGUUUUGUGAGAGCCGUACUCGAGGCUUCUGGACAUUACACAGUCUCCUCUUCAGAGCAGGUCAUCGUCAGGGCGCCGCAGUAUUUCAAAGAACUCUUCAAACUCAUCGAGGCCACGGAGCCAAGGACUGUGGCCAACUACGUUCAGUGGAGGACAGUCUUCUCCAGAGUCACCACUUUGAGUCGACGAUUCCUCUACAGAUACUUGGACUAUGCGCGGGUUACCACGGGAACGACCUCCCUGACCCCUCGCUGGGAUAAGUGCGUUAACUACGUGGAGAACUCUCUUAUUUAUGCUGCUGGACGCCUUUUUGUCAGUGCACACUUCCAAGAGGAUAAGAAACACAUGAUGGAGGAGUUGAUUGACGGUGUCCGCUGGGCAUUUAUCGACAUGUUGGAAAAAGAAAAUGACUGGAUGGACAAACCCACGAAGGCGAGAGCCAUAGAAAAGGCUCACGCUGUGCUGCCUAAAGUCGGAUACCCAGAGUUUAUCCUCAACGACACCUACCUCAAUGAAGAUCUGAAAGAGUUACAGUUUACGGAAAACGACUACUAUGGGAAUGUGAUGCAGACGCUCAAGUUUAUCGCUCGCUCCGACCUCGCCUGGCUCAGAAAAACGGUCCCACGGACAGAAUGGUUCACCAACCCCACAACAGUCAACGCUUUCUACAGCUCCUCCACAAAUCAAAUCAGAUUUCCUGCCGGAGAGUUACAAAAGCCGUUUUUCUGGGGAAAGGAGUAUCCAAGAUCGCUAAGUUAUGGAGCCAUUGGAGUUAUCGUUGGCCAUGAGCUUACACACGGCUUUGACAAUAAUGGCCGAAAGUAUGACAAAAACGGCAACCUGGAUCUCUGGUGGAGCAACUCUUCCAUAAACGCCUUCACUGAAAAAACUCAGUGUAUGAUCGACCAGUACAACGACUACCACUGGGAGGAGGCGGGGCUUAAUGUUCGUGGUAAAAGGACUCUGGCAGAAAAUAUUGCUGAUAAUGGAGGAAUAAGGGAAGCUUUUAGGGCGUACCGGAGGUGGGUGGAGCAGAGCAGAGGGGGGGUGGAGGAGCCUCUUCUUCCUGGAGUGGGACUCACCAACGACCAGCUGUUCUUCCUCAGCUACGCCCACGUGAGUCUGCACCACUCUCCUACUCACAAGAGCCACUCAGAUCUGCUCUACGGGAGUAAAUACUACAGACAAAGUGGAGUUAAUGGAGCAGAGCGCAUUAGUACUUUAGUUCCAGUUGGCAAAGUGGUGAUCAAUAAGAUACCAUCCCUCUCUAAUGACGAUGAUGAAGCGAGUGAAGAGAGGGAUGAUGAAGAAAGACAGGAAUACCAAUGGAACCGAGAGCUCUUCACGAUAAUGGCAUCCACUAUAAUAGAGAAGGUGGAGAAAUAUAACAAGAAGUGUCAGAAGUACGAUCUGGAUAAGAAGUACUUCAAAACCCAGACUAAGUCCUUAGCAGCAGACCUGGCUGCUGAACUCAGCGGAUGGCCCAUUGCUGUGGUACCAUCUAGUGCCAACGCUCUUAAAGUAGCCAGUGAUGUGAUGAAGGAACUGAAGAAGAAGUACUCAAAGAAACAGAUCUGUACUUAUUUUGUAGAAGGUGAUUUCACGCCGAUUCUCGUGCAGGCGGCUAAACAGCGUCUGGUCUCUGGUACGGGCAUGAUGCAUAAGACUUACGAAUGGGAGAGAGAGGACUUCUUAAACUUGACCACCUGGCUGAUCACCGAGCUGUGUAAAGAGGAGCUGGUUCAUAACCCAAGCAUCUCCUACCAGUUAGCUGAGCAGUUAAUGGAGGAGGUCAAAGAUUGGCCCAUUUUUAUGAAGCCAAGCAUGAAGUAUAAGAAAAAGUUGGUCCGAGUUAUCGGAGCCAUGAGUAACUACGAGGAGUUCAGUAAGGCCUUCAGCUGUCCGCAGUCCUCCGUGAUGAACCGGGGGGCGCAGUCCUGUCGUGUGUGGUGACCCCUGACCCCCGACCUCUCACCUCAGCUGCAGCGGCCGCAGUUUGAUGUUUACAGAAGACGGAGCCCCACUGUCCCUUCAGAACAUUCAGAUCCGAACGCACAAACUUGGAAACUUCUUGGAAAGAGGAGACGAAAGGACUAGAGACAUAUUCUGUUAUUUUGUUUACUGUAAAGCAACACAUGAAUUUUUAUGAGUUUUUAUAAUUUAUGUUUUAAAAGAAUAUUGUAAAGAUAUAGUACUAUAAAUUAUACAUGUUUACAUGAUUUUAAGUUUAUAUAAUAUGCAAAAACAGCUCUAUGCAACAUGAUAAAAACUGUAUAUUGUCCCAUAACUUUGUAUUACAUGCUAUGCUUUUUGUGACAUAAAUUACUUUUACAUAUACUGUGGGUUUACCAUUUUGGAGUAUAACUUGAAUUAAAGGUCCACAAAUUGAAAUACUCAGCCUAAAUAUGCAGGAUUUGUGAGUUAAACAUGUAUGAAUGAAACAAAACACAACUCCAGGUCUGUUUUUGGUGAGGAAACAUAAAACACACAAUAUCAUAAUAUGGGCCCUUUAAUUUACACAUUUUUGCUUAUUUUUAAUUCUUAUGAUUAUUUUGUGACUGAAAAAUUAUUGAUUAUCCAAAUACACAAAAAGUUUCUAUAUAAAAUUCCUAGAUGUGUAGUGACAUUAUACUUUGAUAUACUCCCUUAUUGUAAGCGGUAAUGUCCAUAUUGAAUGUUCAUAUUGCUGUCCAUCCUAAAAAUAACUAAAUUAAACCUAUACAUUACAUUU